AUGUCGUCGCUGCGGAAUGCGGUCAAGCGGAAGACGCACAAGGAGCGGUCGCAGCCCGCGGCGCGCAAGCACCUGGGCCUGCUGGAGAAGCACUCGGACUACAAGCUGCGGGCGGACAACUACCACAAGAAGCAGGAGCGCAUCAAGACGCUGAGCCGCAAGGCGUCGGAGCGGAACGAGGACGAGUUCUACUUCGCGAUGACGAAGACGGUCGCGGGCGAGGCCGCGGGGCCCGAGGGCUCGAGCGCGACGCACGAGGCGAUCUCGGGGCUCAAGGCGCAGGACCUCCGGUACGCGCACAUGCGCAAGGUCGUCGACGACCGCAAGGUCGAGAAGCUCCGCGCGAGCCUCCACGCGACGGAGACGGCGAGCUCGCGCGGCCGCCACACCUACUUCGACGACGGCGAGGCGGGCGGCGACGUCGAGGCCCGGGCCCUCGCCAAGGCCACGGCGACGAAGCCCAAGCCCGACAAGGCCGCGCGCGUCGCGAGCAAGAAGGUCGCGCGCGCCUACGCGACGCUCGACGACGCGCUCGAGAAGCAGCGCGUCUCGACGAAGCUCCUCCAGCGCCUCGAGGCCGAGAAGCACGUCCUCAACGCCAAGGGCCGCAAGCGCAAGGUCGCCGCGGGCGACAGGGGCAAGGCCGCGGUCUUCAAGUGGAAGAAGCAGCGCCAAAAGUAA